AUGUUGAGAGCAGUCACAAGAAGCACUGUCGUUAGAAACAGUUUAGUUAGGCUAUACGCCUCGAAAUCCUACCCAAGUUACACAGUCAUUAACAUGCCGGCUUUGUCCCCUACUAUGACCUCAGGCAAUCUGGCUUCUUGGUCAAAGAACGUCGGCGAUCAACUGGCUGUCGGCGAGGUCUUGGCAGAAGUGGAGACUGACAAGGCUACAAUGGACUUCGAAUUCCAAGACGAUGGUUAUUUGGCUCAAAUCUUGGUUCCCAAUGGCUCAAAGGAUAUUCCGGUCAAUAAGCCAAUCGGGAUCUUUGUGGAGGAGAAAAAAGAUGUCGACGCCUUCAAGGACUUCACAAUCGCAGACAUCGCAGACGCUGGCUCUGCCACCGCAACUCCAGCGGAGAAGAAAUCACCAGAGUCAUCUGCAGACGCUGCUCCAGCUGAAAAGCCUUCUCCUGCCGCUCAAAAGACAGCCGGAACAGAUGUCACAAGAAUAUUCGCUUCUCCUCUGGCAAAGAACAUCGCCUUGGCCCACGGGGUCGCUUUGAAAGACAUUACAGGUACCGGUCCCAGAGGCAGAAUUGUCAGGGCUGACGUCGAGAAGUUUAUGAGUGAACAGAAAUCCGCCGCUUCCCCUGCUGCCGCUGCUUCCACUCCGGCUCCUGCUCAAAAAGCUGCACAAGCCCCAUCCGCACAGGUCUCAGACCUGUACAAGGAUAUCGAAAUCACUACCAUGAGAAAUAUCAUCGGUAAGCGUCUGUUGGAAUCAACUCAAUCGAUUCCUUCCUACAUCGUAUCCUCAGAUAUCGCAGUCUCAAAGCUGUUGAAAUUGAGACAAUCUUUGAACAACGAUAACACCAUUGACAAGACCAAGAACAACUACAAGCUAUCCAUCAAUGAUAUUUUGAUCAAAGCAAUCUCAUUGGCAGCAAAAAGAAUCCCAGAUGUCAACGCUUACUGGUUACCACAAGAAAAUGUUAUAAGACAGUUCAAAAAUGUCGACGUCUCCGUCGCAGUGGCAACCGAAACAGGUUUAAUCACCCCAAUUGUUAAAAGUGCGAACGCUAAAGGUCUGGUCUCAAUUUCGACCGAAGUUAAGGAUUUGGUGAAACGUGCAAAGAUCAACAAAUUACUACCAGCAGAAUUCCAAGGUGGUACUAUUUGCAUCUCUAACUUGGGUAUGAACGAUGCAGUAUCGAUGUUCACUUCCAUUAUCAAUCCACCACAAUCAACUAUCUUAGCCAUUGGUACAAAAAAGAGACAAGCCAUUGAAGAUGUCGGAAGUCCAAAUGGUAUUUCUUUUCAAGACGUUAUCACCAUCACUGGUACUUUCGACCACAGAGUCGUCGAUGGGUCUAAGGCCGGUGAAUUCAUGCGUGAAUUAAAGAAGAUCAUAGAAAAUCCACUACAAUUACUAUUAUAA